AGAAUUCAGAGGACUAAGAACCGAGCUGAUAAAGUAAAUAUUUUUAAGCAGUUUGUUGACUCAUGGAGGAAAUUUCAUGAUGCUCUACAUAAAAAUGACCCCAAGGCAACAGACUCUUUCUAUCCUGCAAUGAGACUUAUCCUGCCACAGUUGGAAAGGGAGAGAAUGGCAUAUGGAAUCAAAGAGACAAUGCUUGCCAAACUAUAUAUUAAAGUUCUGGGCUUGCCUAAAGAAGGUAAAGAUGCUUUGAAACUUUUAAAUUAUAGAACUCCUACUGGCUCAAAUUCUGAUGCUGGAGAUUUUGCUGCAAUUGCGUACUUUGUUCUUAAGUCACGGUGUCGAAAAGAUGGGAACUUGACCAUACAAGAUGUCAAUGAUCAGUUGGAUGCAAUAGCAAGCAACAAUGCAGCUAGAAAGAAGGAACUCAUAGAAAAAAGCCUUCUUCAUUUGAUUGCUAAUACAACUGCUCUAGAACAGAAGUGGCUGAUAAGAAUGAUUAUUAAAGACAUGAAACUUGGCUUUAGCCAGCAAACUGUGUUUUCCAUCUUUCAUCGUGAUGCUGCAGAACUUCACAAUGUUACCACAGAUCUUGAGAAAGUGUGCGUUCAACUACAUGACCCCAGUGUAUGUCUCAGUGAUGUUUCCAUCUCCAUGUUUUCUGCUUUCAAACCCAUGCUUGCUGCAAUUGCCAAUAUUCAACAAAUAGAAAAACAGAUGAACCACCAGAGCUUUUACAUUGAAACAAAGCUUGAUGGGGAGAGAAUGCAGUUGCACAAAGAUGGUGAUGUGUACAAAUAUUUUUCCAGAAAUGGAUUUGAUUACACUCAGCAGUUUGGCGCGUCUCCCCUUGAAGGCUCCUUAACACCAUUUAUUCAUAACGUGUUUCAUAUGGAUUUGCAAAAUUGUAUUUUGGAUGGAGAGAUGAUGGCUUACAAUCCAAAUACGAAGACAUUUAUGCAAAAAGGAAACAAAUUUGAUAUAAAGAGAAUGGUUGAUGAUUCCGAUCUCCAAACUUGUUACUGCGUGUUUGAUAUCUUGAUAUUUAAUAACCAGAAAUUAGCUCAUGAAACACUGAGAAAAAGGUAUGAUAUCCUUCAUGAAAUAUUUACUCCAGUUACUGGGAGAAUUCAUAUUGUUCAGAAAACAGAUGCUAGCACCAGAAAAGAGGUUGUGGAUGCACUAAAUGAAGCCAUUGAUAAUCGUGAAGAAGGUAUAAUGGUAAAAGACCCUAUGUCCAUUUAUAAACCAGAUAAACGUGGGGAGGGGUGGCUGAAGAUUAAACCAGAAUAUGUUAAUGGACUAAUGGAUGAGUUAGAUCUUCUAAUUGUUGGAGGUUACUGGGGCAAGGGCCAGCGAGGUGGCAUGAUGUCUCAUUUCUUAUGUGCUGUAGCUGAAACCCCAGCACCUGGAGAAAAACCAUCUGUUUUUCAUUCUGUUUGUCGCAUAGGCUCUGGCUACACAAUGAAAGAGUUGUAUGAUCUUGGUUUAAAGUUGGCUCCUCACUGGAAGGUUUACCGCAAGAGAGAUCCUCCUUCUGAUAUUUUAUGUGGAACUGAGAAGCCUGAGGUUUAUAUCCAACCUUGUAACUCUGUCAUUAUUCAGGUAAAGGCUGCUGAAAUUGUUCCCAGUGAUAUGUACAAAACGAACUGUACUCUUCGUUUUCCUCGAAUUGAGAAGAUCAGAGAGGACAAGGAAUGGUAUGACUGCAUGACCAUUGAUGACUUAGAACAAUUCAGAGAAAAGGCUUCUGGAAAAUUGGCUUCAAAGCACUUAGAUGUAAAUGAUCAACCACAGGAGAAAAAGCGGAAAAUUGCCCCUAAAAUUAGGAAGGUCAUAGGAGUGGUUUCACAUCUAAAAGCACCAGAUUUUUCUAACAUCACAAAACAGUCUAAUAUGUUUGAAGAUGUUGAAUUUUGCAUAAUGAGCGGAAUAGAAAAACAUUCAAAGGGUGACCUGGAGAGCAUGAUUGCUGCAUGUGGUGGUAUAGUUGUCCAAAAUCCUGGGCAAGAUACCUAUUGUGUCAUUGUUGGAGACACAAAUGUUCGAGUAAAGAACAUAAUUUUGUCAAAAAAAACAUGAUGUUGUUAGAGCAGCCUGGCUUCUUGAGUGUUUUGAAAGCAAAAUGUUUGUUCCUUGGCAGCCUCAGCAUAUGAUUCAUAUGUGUCCAUCCACCAAAGAGCACUUUGCCUCUGAAUAUGACUGCUACGGUGACAGCUAUUUCACAGAUACUAAUGAGAGGGAGCUGAAGGAGCUGUUUAGCAGAAUGCCUGACACUAAAGAAAAAAUUCCUCUGGACAUGAUUGCUGACUUAGAACAACGUUAUUCAUGGGAGGAGACUCUCCACAGUAUAUUUCGCCAAUGUGUUGUAUACAAUGAUAUGUUUACAACUAUUAGUGAUCCAGACACUAAAAUUCCAACUUCUAGUUUAAAUAUAACUGCAUUACAGCUACGAUUUCAUGGAGCUAAAGUGGUGAAUCAGCUUCAAGAAGGAGUUUCUCAUGUAAUUGUAAGUGAUGACAAGUCUCGAUUGCUAGAGAUGAAAGCUCAGAGGAGAACAUUUCAAAGAAAAUUUAAAAUUGUUUCAGUGUCAUGGGUUUUAGAUUCAUUGAAAAUGGGAAAAGUCCAGAUGGAACAAAAUUAUUUAUUGUAA